CUUUUCGAAGAAUGUCAUUUGGCUUAUGUAAUGCACCCGGAACUUUCCAACGGUGUAUGAUGGCUAUAUUCUCUAAUCUUAUUGAAGAAAUCAUGGAGGUAUUCAUGGAUGAUUUCUCUGUCUAUGGGACCUCAUUCGACUCGUGCUUGGAUAAUCUUGAUAAAGCAUUGACUCGUUGCCAAGAGGCAAAUCUUGUCCUAAACUGGGAGAAGUGCCAUUUCAUGGUAACAGAAGGAAUUGUUCUUGGGCAUAAGAUUUCAUCCAAAGGCAUUGAGGUAGAUCCAGCAAAGAUUGAAGUGAUCGAGAAGUUACCACCGCCAACAUCUGUUAAAGGCAUCCGAAGCUUUUUAGGGCAUGCUGGAUUCUAUCGGCGUUUCAUCAAGGAUUUUGCUAAUAUUGCAAAACCACUCACAAGACUCCUAUCCAAAGAGGUUGAAUUUAUCUUUGAUGAUGCUUGUCUUAAUUCUUUUUGUAAAAUUAAGAAAGCAUUAUGUUCUGCACCUAUCAUUCAACCACCAGAUUGGAGCAUGCCUUUCAUCCUAAUGUGUGACGCCAGUGAUUAUGCUGUAGGAGCCAUGUUGGGACAGAAACAAGGUCGUUGCAUACAUGCAAUUUAUUAUGCAAGUCAUACUCUCGAUGAUGCUCAACAAAACUAUGCCACAACAGAAAAAGAGCUACUCGCAGUUGUCUUUGCCAUAGAGAAGUUCAGGUCAUAUCUUGUUGGAAGCAAAGUGAUAGUUUACACUGAUCACUCAGCUCUAAAGUACCUAUUUGCAAAGAAGGAGGCCAAGCCACGACUUAUUAGAUGGGUGUUGCUACUGCAAGAGUUUGACAUCGAGAUCCUUGACAAAAAGGGGUCUGAAAAUGUCAUCGCUGAUCACCUGUCCAGAAUUGAGUCACACACAGAAAAUAAAGCGACCAGAGAAUUACCCAUUGAUGAUUCAUUCACGGGAGAAUAUUUGCUCUCUGUCAAGCACUUUUCUCCUUGGUAUGCUGAUUGGGUUAAUUACCUGGUCAGUGGUUAUAUUCCCUCCGAAUUCUCGUGGUCCCAAAAGAAAAAGUUCUUACAUGAUGCUCGCUCUUAUUUUUGGGAUGAACCACUAUUGUUCAAGAGAUGUGCUGAUGGAAUUGUUCGAAGAUGCAUUCCAGAAGAUGAGUUUGAGGCUAUCCUUUAUCAUUGUCAUUCAUCACCAUAUGGUGGUCAUUUCGGAUCCACAAGGACGUCAGCUAAAGUCCUACAGUCAGGUUUCUAUUGGCCUACAUUGUUCAAAGAUUCUCAAAUGUACGUGAAAAGAUGUGAUCGAUGCCAACGCACAGGAUCUAUUGGUCGCCGAAAUGAAAUGCCACAAUCCGGAAUACUUGAAGUUGAACUCUUUGAUGUAUGGGGAAUGGACUUUAUGGGACCAUUUCCUAGCUCAUGUGGCAAUUCUUACAUUCUUGUGGUUGUGGACUAUGUUUCAAAAUGGAUUGAAGCGAUUGCUAGUCCAACAAAUGAUUCCAAGGUUGUGAUCCGGUUUGUGAAGAAAUUUAUUUUCUCAAGGUUUGGAGUUCCGAGGGCCUUCAUCACAGAUAAUGGUACACACUUCUGCAAUAAGCAACUUGAAAAACUUUUGCUCAAGUAUGGUGUUAAUCACAAAGUGUCUACUCCGUACCAUGCACAAACUAGUGGCCAAGUUGAACUCUCAAAUAGGGAAAUCAAAUCAGUCCUUGAGAAAGUUGUCAAUCCCACAAGGAAAGAUUGGUCCCUCCGACUUGAUGAUGCUUUAUGGGCCUAUCGUACUGCAUAUAAGACUCCUAUUGGCACAUCACCGUUCAAAUUGGUGUAUGGGAAGUCUUGUCACUUACCAGUGGAGAUUGAACACAAAGCAUUUUGGGCUAUCCAAAGCCUAAACCUUGACUCCACUCUGGCGGGGCAAAAGAGGUUGUUACAACUAAAUGAACUUGAAGAAUUCAGACUUGAUGCCUUUGAGAAUGCCCGGCUCUACAAGGAAAGAGCAAAGAAAUGGCACGAUGGGAGAAUCCUUAGGAGAGACUUUUCUCCUGGAGAUAGUGUGCUACUAUUCAACUCAAGGCUAAAACUCUUUCCAGGAAAGCUGAAAUCAAAAUGGUCUGGACCUUUCAAAGUUAUCAAAGCCUAUCCAUCCGGGGCAAUCAUUCUGGAGGGAAAUGAUGGGAGGCAAUUUACUGUCAAUGGCCAAAGAGUUAAGCAAUAUCAUGAAGGAGAUGACACAAAGGAGAAACUCACUGUUGAUCUGGACAAUCCUCCUUACGAGUAAAACACUCAGGUAAUGUCGGGCACACGACAUUAAAAAUAGCGCUUCUUGGGAGGCAACCCAAGUUUAUUUACUUGCAUUUGAAUGUGUGUUUUGUUUGUGUGUUUGCAUUGCAUUUUUUUUUCCACCCAUUUACUCACCCGCCCUGUAUAUAUUUGUCCCAUCGAGGACGAUGUUUCAUCCUAAGUGUGGGGGGAGAAUAUGCAUGUUUGUUUGUUUGCUUGUGAAUUGCCUUAUCAUCUGUUUAACUUACAAAUCAUGCAUUCUAUUCUUUCACAUGGUAUGUGGAUUGUUGGCGGGACUUGUCUCUUAAUAAUUGGAUUGAGAAUCAUAAUUUUGAGUGUUGAGUAAAAUUUUGGUCAAAUUUUAAACUUUGUACAGACACAAUACAUCUCAUGCACGCAAAUGGUUAUCUAGUGAAAUUGUUGUUCAACAUGUUUAAGAUUGUGCAAAACAAGAGUGCUGUGUGCUUUUAUUUUCCUUGACAUGAUCUUCUCACUUAGCACAUUAGGAAAUGAUAUAGGCCAUUUUUCAAAAAAAAAAAAACCAUAUACCUAGCCUUACCCAUGUGAUAAAUAUCCCUUGUUCACCCCUUUGAGCCAUUUCUUGUAAUAAGCGUUAUACGCUUAACCCUAUUUUUGUUAUUUUCUUUCAUGACAACCCGUUAUAUGUGAACCUUAACCUAAAAGCCAAACACUUUCCAUCCACCCUAGAAUGAACUUGCAUAAAUUUUAAUGAUUUUAGAGAGUGUCAUUCACCUUAAGGGAGCUUCAUUUACACUUUUGUGAUUACUUAGUUGUUAAUAUUCAUUUAUAGGGGUAGUUGUUCUUGUUGUAUCAUCAUUGUACAUAUUAUUCUUGUAAAUUCUUACUGUUAGAAGCAUGAAAUAAGCCUUGAAAAAAAAAAUCAAAAAAAAAAUGAAAAAGAAAAAAAAAAUAAAAAAAAAAAAGAAAAAAAAAAGAAGAACAAGGCUAAAUGUCAAUGUAUAUGCUUCUCUCUUUUGUAUAUUUUUCUUGUACAUUAAAUUACUCUUUUUACUACCCCUAACUGUUGAAAAAAGAACAAGUGUUGUAUAGAUAUUUGUCAAAAGCUUCUACUCACUUCUUAGUACCUCUUUAAAUUUGUUAAAUUUAUGACAAGUUCAUUUCUUUUGUUUCCUCAUUAACUCCCUUUGUUCAUAAGCCUUUUCCCACAGACCCCAUUAUAACCCAAUGUGAAAAGUCCUAAUUGAUCUUAAUUGUGUUUUGUCUGAAAUAAGUUGAUAGGAAAAUCUUAUUUUGCAUAAUUUUGCAUGGUUGAACAAACGAAGCUAGAUUCCAUUUUCACAUCACACACUUUGCGUUUGUUAGAGUUAAGGUUUGACCAAAACAUUUCAGAUGAUAUGCAAAAUAUUUUUAUGAUUCUCACUACUCUUAUUUUGUGACAAGUCAAGGGAAUUUGAUUGAUCAGGUGGAGUGAAAGAAAAGUGUGCAUGAUUUGAAGGUUAUACAUAUGAUUUGGCAAUUCAUUUUUGCUUGCUUGUAAAUAUUUUUGCUUGAGGACAAGCAAAAUCUUAAGUAUGGGGGAGUUGAUGUACUCAUAAUUUACCAUAUUUAUGAUCUUGUUUUGUCACACUUUUAAUAUUUUAUAUCUCAUUUUUAAAUAAAAAGGAUUGAUUUUUAUCAUCUUGGACAUUUUAAGGUAUUGCACUUGUUUUGGUAUAUUUUGUCAAUUUCAGGGCAAUUCGGGUUGUAAAUUAAUUUCUGAAAAGAAAUAAAUAUUACUCCCGAGUGAAGACAGAAAAAUCAUCAAAGUGAACCGGAUCAUUACUUUAACUCCGAAAUAUUUAUCAAGAGACUCGAAAUACAUUUCAGAAUAAGCCAGACUGCCCGCAAUAAAAUGUACCGGUUAACUGGUGACCAGUUAACUGAUCAAACAGUCAACCGGUCAAUACAACAAAUGGCCGAAAAGAGCCAAAGUCUGGCUGAUUGGCUGAGUGGGUGAUUACAUUUUAUCCAUACUCAUUAUGUACGUAUGAAGCUCCACCGUAGAAACAAAAAAAACUCCAAAGAAGAAAUACAAAGGACAUUGUAUUGAAUUAUUGAUUGAGCUUGAAGAGACCGGCGAGCUACUGCAAUUGUCUUCAUCAUCUUUCACUCCGCAAUCAAAAAGAUCCAGAACAGUAGCAAACGAAGAAAAAAUGCACAAUUGAUUGAUACUAUUUGCAGAAAGAAAUCAAGAAGGUGGCAAUCAAAUCUCAUGAAGAUGGAAGUGAAAGUCAACCAAAAUUUAUUUUCAGCACCUUCAUUUUAGGAGUUUUGAUGCUCUAACCCCUUCUUCCACUUCUAUUUAAAGGGCCAUCCAUGAGCUGCAAAAGACACCAAUUUGGAGAGAAAUCUUCUUCCUCUUUUCUUUAGCUUUGUUCAUAGUAGUAGUCAUAUAAUAAAAGUGAUUCUGUCAAGAACACUUUCUGUAAAUUUCAGUUCGUAAUUUCCAUUUCCAGAAUUUUAGUUCUUUAAUUUCAACAAUCAAGUUCAUUUGGGAAGUAUCAGCCAGAAUCAUUCUCAGCUUAAGGAUUUCACUUUCUCUAUUCCAUCUCAUUAUUUAUGCCAUCAGGUACCUCUUCAGCUCUUCGAACGCUUCCUGGCACUCCGUCGUCCACUUGAAGCUGUUGGCUUUACGCAUGAUCUGGAAGAAGGGGAGUGCCCUUUCGGAUGACCUGGAGAGGAAACGGUUCAGGGCCGCCAGGCGCCCCGUCAGACGUUGUACUUCCUUGACGUUGCGGGGCGGCUCCAUGUUGAUGAUAGCCUGUGUCUUCUCCGGGUUUAUCUCGAUGCCUCUCCGACUGACCAUGUAGCCGAGGAACUUGCCACCUUGGACGCCGAAGGCGCACUUCUUUGGGUUGAGACGGAGCCUGAACUCCUUCAUGAUUUCAAAGAUUUCCCGUAGGUCGUCGGCAUGGGCGGAGGCCUGCCUGCUCUUGACGAUCAUGUCGUCGACGUAUGCCUCCAUCGUCCGGCCGAGGACUGCUCUGAAGAUCUUGGCCACCAUCCUAGUAUAGGUGGCGCCGGAGUUUUUGAGUCCGAAGGCAUGACGAGGUAGCAAAAGAUUCCCUCUGGGGUCAUGAAUGCCGUCUUCUCAGCGUCAUCUUCAUGCAUGGAGAUUUGGUGGUACCCUCUGAAAGCAUCAAGGAACGACAUCAACUCGCAUCCCGCCGUCUCAUCCACCAGCUGAUCAAUGUUGGGGAGAGGGAACGGGUCCAUGGGGCACGCCUUGUUCACGUCGGUGUAAUCAACACACAUUCUGAAUGUCGGCGGUUUUUGGGCGAGGACGACAUUGGCCAGCCACGUCGGGUACUUCACCUCUUUGAUGUGGUUGAUUGAGAGGAGCAUGGCGACCUCCCCUUUGACGAUGUCCCGCCUGUCGGUGGAUAGGUAGAGCCGCUUCUGCUUGACAGGCGCAGAGGCCGGAUCGACGGUCAGCUGGUGGGUGAUCACCUGGCGGCUGAUGCCUGGCAUAUCGUCCGGACCCCGCGCGAAGAUAACGGCGUACAACCGUAGGACGAGGAGGAUGGCAUUCCGCUAGUCCUGCGGGAGUUGCUUCCCGAUUCUGAGAACCCGCUCCGGCCGGGAUGUAUCCAGAGGGACUUCCUCGACCUCCUCGUCCGGUUCAGCGUGCGGCCUCUCCUCGUCCUUGGCAACGGCUACCGUGAUGGUGUCUAUCCUCUGUCCUUCCCUUUCGGCCGGCCUCGUUAGCUUGAGGUAGCAUGCUCUGGCUAUCCUGUGGUUUCCUCUGGCGCAGCCGAUGCCGCCAUUGGUGGGGAACUUUAGACAUAAGUGCUUCAUGGAAAUGAUGGCCUCCAAGUCCUCCAGUGCUGGCCGCCCUAAGAUCAGGUUGUGGGCGCACUAGAGGUUGACCACCAUGAACUCCAUGUCAAUUUUGGCGCGGUGGGGGCCGUUGCCGACUUCCACGGGGAGGACUAUCGUGCCCUCGGCGUCGAUAGAGUCCCCGGUGAAGCCGGACAGCGGUGUCUUGAUCGGCUUCAGCAGUGCUCUGUCUAGCUUCAGCUGCCUGAAGGUAUCCAGGUACAUCACGUUGACGGAGCUCCCCGUAUCGAUGUAAGUGCGGUGGAUGAUAGUGUCACCGAUCUCACACCGGAUGACGAGGGCAUCCCUAUGUGAUUCCGUACCGGGAGGCAGAUCCUUGUCGGUGAAGGUGAUCGCCUCUGUUCGCUGCUUCUUCGGCUGGGGGGGAAUGUGGGACACCUCCCCUAUGUAGAGGGAUUGGGCCCAUUUCUUUCUCUGGGUGACGGAGUCCCCCCCGUAUUCCCACCCACAAUGAGGUGAAUGUGAUUCUUCUUUGGCGGGGGCUCUUCGAAGUCCUCUUCGUCGCUGAGCCUGCCAAUCUCCCGCUUCUUCGUAGAGGGUUCGCCCCCUGGUUUGCCGGUGUUUACCCAUGUAUUUUUGCGUGGGCCACCUUUAACAAACUGGGAGAGUUCCCCCUGACGAAUAAGGCGCUCGAUGGCUUUCUUCAGCGUGAUGCAGUCGUCGGGGUUGUGCGAGGAGUUCUUGUGGAACCGGCAGUAUGUGCCGCCUCACUGGAUGGCAAGGACCUCCUCGGCCGGCCGAGGAGCCUGCUCGAUGAGGCCGUGCUUCUCGGCAUAGUCGAGGAUGGUGUCGAUCGGGUGAGUGAGGGCAACUUCCGGCCGUUCCAACCUCGGCCGCCAGUGGCGAUCUUUCUUACUUUGUCCACCAGAGCCGUGACGGCCCUGGGCACCCUGGCCGGCCGGGGACGGACCCGGGGCCGGCGAAGGAUUUGUCUUCUUGGAGGGAUGGCCUCCCUCUUUCUUGUGGUUGUGGAGCUCGUCGGCGUCGGCGUACAAGCUUCCGCGCUGGAGCGCCUUGGCGUACGACCUUGGAGGGUCGGUGAUGAGGCUCCUGGCGUAUGGGGAGCUGCGGAGGGCUCCUUGGUACAGGAAGAGGAGGGUGCGCUCAUCGGCCCCCUCGACUUCUUCGGUCUCCCUCGUCCACCGAUCCAUGAACGACCGGAGGGACUCAUCAUGUUGCUGCUUGACGGAGAGGAGGUGGGUGAAAUACUUCUUCGCGCGCUUCCUCCCGGCAAAGUGGGUGAGGAAGCGUUGAGCAAGGUCCUGCCAUGAGUCAAUACUCCCUUCGGGGAGCGCGUUGAACCACUCAUACGCUGGCCCCUCAAGAGUAGAGAGGAACCAACGGCAGAGAUAUUCAUCCGACGCAUUCACCAUCAGCAUGUUGUUCUGAUAGCGGCUGAAGUGCUCCUGGGGGUCUGAUCGGCCAUCGUAGGACUUGAUGGCGUUUCCCCUGUACAUCUCCGGGAUGGGGGCCGAGAGCACCCUGUUGGUGAAAGGGGUCCUGGUCCUGACCUGGAUGAUGGGGUCACCUCGCCCUUCGGCCAACUCCCUCUCCAGGGCGCUGACCUUGUUCAUGAGAGCGUUGAGGUCGGGGUCGUUGGAGGCGCCAGCCGUGGGGGUGUUGGCCGAUUGCCUGGCCUCCAUCUGAGCCAGCCUCCUUUCCAGCUGGGCAAUGACCUCGUCCCGGGGGUCCCUGGCGGCUGCAGCGGCGCCCUGCUGGUUCCUCAUGCGCUCGUCGUGGGCCGCAUUGAUCUGGCGACGCACGUCGUCCUCGUGCAGCUUCCCCUUGCCCUUGUCCGGGCGGGGCUGGUCCGCUGUCCGGGACACAGACCCCAAGCUUUCCCUUGGCGAGCCAGACCGACGCUCACCAAUCCGCCCUGCCAUCCUCUCCAAAACCGGACGACGGCGCGUGUCACCCAGCCUAUUGAAGGUAGAGGCUUUUCCACGCGCUGGGGUCUGCCCAGGCCGAAGAGGGGAAACGGGGUGGGAGUGGGACGACGCCGUGUCCUCGGCCAUCACCCCCUCAUCGUUGCCUAUCUGGACGGCCAACAGUUGGGGCUGAGGAGGUGGAGUGACGUUCCCCCGGGUCCUUGGCAAGAGUGCGCUGAGGACGGUGGGGUUCUGGGCCAGGCUGGCGAUGAUGACCGACAGCGCGGCCUGGACCUGUGGAUCCACAGACGGAGAGGCCGCGGCCAUAGGCUGGGCCGGGGCGUGGUCCGUCUUCUCAGCUCGUUUCUUGUCCAAGCCGAUGCGGGCAUCAGGGGCUCCGCCGUUGAGCUGGUUGCGGAGGUCCCCCUCCGCCGACCUGGUCGGCCGUAGCAUCCUCCUCGUGCUCCCUGGCCUCCUGGUCCUCAGGGAUGGCCUUGCUGACGAGGUUGCGGUUUGAUUUAGUUCUUCCCAUGAUCAGUGGUUAGCUGUGCUUGGUAGCGACGAAGGGUGCUAACUUGAUUGUUCUAGCUCUCAACGAGAGCACCAAAUGAUAGGGUAAUUGUCUAGAGAGAAGUGAGAGCUAGAGAGAGAAGUGCAAUAAUAUGCUUCAAUAGAAUGAUUUUGUCAGCCCUACAACUACUCCCAAGGGGAGUAUUUAUAGAGAAAAUACGGGCUGGGCUCCCAAGCCUUGGGUUUGGGAGGCCCAUUUACAACUGGACCGCUACUGGGCCGAGAUACAAAGUGAUAAGAAUGAUUAAGUAUGAAAUCUGGUUCUGUGAGGUCUUCGUGGCCGACGAGGGCGUGGCCGACGAGGGCACGGCCGACGAGGGCACGGCCGACGAGGGCACCUGAGUUUCUUGUCUUCAGGACCAUAUUAUGAGUUGGUACCUGAUGGAUAGUCUACCCGGGGGUAUAUAUCCGAAGGGUUAUUACGGAAAUGAUGGAUAGUCUACCCGGGGGUAUAUAUCCGAAGGGUUAUUACGGGGAAUAACUUAGAGAGAAGUCAGAGCGAGUAAGUAAAAGUAGAGAGAGAAGACGUAUUAUAAAUGCGGAGUGUUUUCAGCGUGUUAUGACCUGGUUACAAAUGGGGAAAAGGGGUGCUAUUUAUAGCAGCAAUAAAUGACGGGCAGGGACACGUGUCAAGCGCUCAUUGGCCGAGGGGUCACCUCAACGGGUUGGCGCUGGCAGCCGCAUGUGGCCGCAUUUACUGCGGCUGUUGGAUGGGACGUCUGUGCGGGGUACGGUGAUCUGUACGCAUGUGAGGCAGAUAUCUUGUCGAGUGAGAUGCCUUCGGCUAUAGAGCAGUAGCCGAGGGCUCUUCCACCCGAUGGCACCCCUGGUGCCGAGGGCUCACAGUGCCGAGGGCUGCCGUUUUCGCCCAGUUUCUUAGUUUGCUUGAGAAACCCGUUCUGUGAUAAUUUGGAGCCUUCAGCCAGGGGGGCGAAGGCACCCCUGUGCGUUGUGCGGACUGCUCGGUACUCUGGGCGCUGUGAUUUCGGCCUGUUGGGCCUGUUGGGCCUUUUGGGCCUUCGCUGGAGUAGUAGGAGUCUGUGGGCCGGGGGUUCCCGGGCCAUAUACUCCAUCAGGAGUCCCUCACUCUUUUUACCGAAAGGUACUUGAGGGAAAAAGAGUAAUUUGUGCUUGCCCUUUGAUGUUUGUCCCGUCGUGAUCUCUGAAGUUGGUGAGGAGUCGUUGCUUCUAUGUCCCUGCCGAAGGCAGUCCCUCAGUUACCCACAUGUCGGGACUUGAGGGCUUGCUUUGUUGUUUGUUGGAAUUUCACAGAUUUUGUAAUUUAAUGAUUUUCCCGAGGGGGUCCUCCAGUCCCCCACGCCUUGAGGCACUUGUAAAGUGGUGAAAAGGAGUAGAGUAGUUGCGUUGCUGUUGCGGGCCGAAGGCUGACGCUUCUCGUUUCAUUUUGGGGGGAUGCCUCGUUAAAAACCUCAUUAGGAAAAACCCUUUGGGAAAAAAUCCUAAUGAGGGAAAAAGAGUGCACCGAAUUCCCCCAAUGAUGAAUCGAAAAUGUCAAACCUUGGUGAAAAAUGGAGAAUGACGGGAAUGCCGAAGGCUCUCUCUUCUGAGGGCUCCUGUGUUGAUUAGCCGAAGGCUUGCUGUUGAUGUCCUGGUGGUGCCGAAGGGGAGCCCCUCAAUCCAGUGAUCGAGGGCCUGCCAGAUGAGGGCAGCAGUGAAGUUGUUACCGGGGGGGUCCACUGUUUGUUGAUUAGUUGGUGAUGAAGAUACCCGAGGGCUCCCAUUACCUGUGUGUCAUGGGUCAUCCGUCAAUGAGGCCACUCCCCGGGGGCUACACGGUUUUGCAAUGCUGAGGGGGAAUCCCCGAGGGGUCCCCUGAUAUGCAGCCCUGGGGAUCUGAAGGAGUGAUCCCGAAGGCGACUGUUAUGUGCUGUGUGGGCGCAACCCGGGGGCACUUCUGAGUGAGUGUACCCGGAGGCUAUCCUUGAUGAAGUGGAGUGAAGUAGAAAAACCCGGGGGCUUCCAGAAUAUAGCCGUUGGAAAUAUAGCCGUUGGAAUAUGUAACGACAGGAUAUAGCCGUUGGGGGGGGUGGCACACGUGGCGUGUGAUGGCUGGCUGUCCGUGGGCGUCGUCACCGGUUGGGCGAAGACGCGGUGAGUAAUGAUGGCGUCCAUACGGAGGCCCGGAACCCAGGCCCAAGCCCGGAUUCCAGCGCCUAUAAAUACCCCAAGGCCAGGCAUUCCUCCGUGUGCGAAAAACUUGUUAGCGAAGCUCUGCCAAUUUUUCUAGAGAGAGAAACAGCAGCCCCCGGUUGAAUCCUCUGUUCUUAAGGCAUCCCCGUCUCUAUGGUGAACGUAAAGGGCCUUGCACGUUUGAAGAAACAGGACCCGAAGGGGUCGGGACAGGGCAUCCAGAAGCCCGCCACUGCCCUCUUUAAGAAAGCCGAGGGCGAUGCCGCUGCCGGAAAGAGGAAGGCAGUGACCAAGGGGUCCCCCCCGGCUACCAAAAAGCCGAAGAAGGGGGAUGUCGCCGAGAAGGAGCCCCCGGUCAUUAUCGCUGAUGAGCACCCCGCCUCCGGGGUGCAGGUGGAGAGGCUGCCGGGUGGAACGCCGGCGGGGGCAGAGGAGUUGCUGCCUGAGAUCCUCCAAGUCGCGUUCCCGAGGGGUACAUCUUUGGCCAGCGGCGCUGUCGACCCGGGGGCCAUCCUGAGGGGUAUGACCCCUGAGACGGAUAGGGCUGCCCUUGGGGCCUAUAAUGAUGCGGCCCUCGAGGACCACAUUCUCCGCUCCUCCCUCUCUGCUUGCUUAGCCCUCGGCGAACAGGCUCGGAGGCUUCAAGAAUGGCGCCUCCACAAAGUGGAGCAAGACGCCAGAAUGAGGGAGUGCCUCCUCAAGAACCAAGAGGCGGUGAAGCUGGGGGCCCAGCUAGAAGAGGAGCUCCGGCAGAUGAGCUUGAAAUUGGAGGCUGCAGAGAAAGGCAAGGCUGAUGCUGAGGCCGCUGCUGAGGCCGCUGCUAAAGAGGCUGAGGACUCCAAAGCGCUAGCCGUCGCCAAGGCUCAGGAGGAGGCCGUUGAGGCCUUUGUCGCCGAGGGUUGGAGAGCCGAGGGGCGCAAGAUGUGGGUGUCCUCGGUCGUGGAGGCAUGCGUUGAAGAAUGGGCCGAGGGCCCUGGGUGGGAAUGGAUGGCCCGGAAGGGCAGAGAGUACUAUGAAGCCGGCGAAUUCUUCACCCAGGCCCUCAUCUACCGGAGGAUGGCCCGACAUUUGGGCAUUGAGCAAAAGGACUUCUCCCCCUCAGCGUAUGGCCUUCCUCCCCUGCAGCCUGAUGUCCGUGAGUCGCUCCCGGAAGGUGUUCAGAGGCCCGACCUUGAGGACACGGAGUUGAAGAAUGAGGCCGAGGACGACGCCGUCGAGACCGGAGCGGAGGCAUCAUCGAGGCCGGCUGCAGAGGGCCCCCCGAUGAAUGAUGCUGUCGUAGUUGUAGAGUGACUUCAUAAUUUGUAAUGUCUGAAUACAUUUUGUAACGAACAACAUUGAUCCUUCGGCUUCGGCCCGUUUGUAAUAGUAACAUCGCAAUUACACUUGCUUUUUUUUUAUGAUUGAAUGAUCGCAUUCGGGCUUUGUAUAUAUG